AUGAAACUUGUCGGACCGCAGGACUCGUUCCUAAAUCCUUGUGCAGCUCUGCUUUCCACCGCCAAUCGAUCGCCCACAAGAGGAGAAGGAAAGAGAGGAGAUGGAGGUCGAUUAAGCUUUGCAGGAAUUCCUCUCGUCGGUUCCUAUGAGAAAGUUUGCGGUUUCGGAAUCGACAUGUCGCGAAGCUCGACGAUCUCGGAAAUCCGCGAGUUGGACGACGGCCAUGCGGUCGUCUCCCCUCGCCGAACCAACAGUCCGGCCGCAGCCGCCGCCGCCGCCUGCGAGAGGAGGGAGAGCCCCGUCACCAGCCCUCGCAGCGGCGCACGGAAGCUGUUCGACCUGGUACACUUAGCUCAUCACGCGCAGAGGGCCUCCGCCGGCGGCAACUCCGGCGGGAAAGCCAAGUGGAGAUCGUUGAGGGACCGGUUCCGCCGGGCCGGUGCGGCCUGGUUGGCGGCGUCCUCUGCCUCGGAGGUCGCCGUCUCCCCUGGCCGUCGCGGUAAUCAACCCAUCAUCGCCGGCUCCGUCCCUCGUUCGGUCUCCGUCCGGAACCCAUGGCCGAUCUCCGACCCCGAGCUCGUCUCCAAGUCCAACCGCCCCGGCUCCGUCCGCCGCCCCCUCUCCGUAUCUCUUUCCGUCUCCGUUCGCAACUCUGAGCCUCCGGCCCCGGAACCACCCUCCGCCCCGGCGCCCGAGAAAGUGGUUUCAGAGAACAUCCCGAAGCCGAUGCCCGACGACGACGGUGAGGAGGAGGAGGAGGAGGAGGAAGAAGAGGAGGAUGAGGAGGAGCAUAGUGGGUCGUCUGCUGCAGCGCCGGCAAUGUCGCUGAUGGCGUUGCUGGAGCAAACGGACGAGUGGGGAGGAAGCGGGAAGGAGGACGAGGAGGAAGAGGAGGAGGUGGGGACGGAUGAGGAGUCGGAGGGCGCCGACGAUGGGAUGCUGUACGUGUGCUGCGUGUGCAUGGUCCAGCACAAGGGAGCGCGGUUCACCUCCUGCGGCCACACCUUCUGCCGGCUCUGCUCUCGCGAGCUCUGGGUGACCAACAGCGAAUGCCCACUCUGCAACGGUUACAUCCUCGAGAUCCUCGAGAUCUUUUGA